UUGACCCUUUGGAUCGGAUCGGAUCACUUGCAUGUGACUGAUUCGAUCGUUUAACAUCGUCUCGCACUCCAAACCUUCGCACAGCUAAGCACCGGACCCCGACCGAACUAACCCAACCGUCAUGUCCACAACUCUGCCAUGGCAACCCCAACUCUCCUUAAAGUCCCGCCUCCUCCAUACCCCUUCGCCCUAUCGUCCCCACCGGGCCACGCCCGUCCGCCGCUUCGCCCCCAUCCGGGCCUUCAGGCGCAGCGACAUCGACGGCUUCGUGCGGCGCAUGGUCUCCGGCCAGUUAUGCGGGAACGCCUGGCGCAGCGCCAACGACGGGAUCGAGCAGCUCGUCUUCGAGGCCAAGAAGGCUGCCGAGCGCCUUGACCGCCGCUACUCCGUUUCCCGCCGCCUCAGUUCCGCCGCCCGCUCCGCCGCCGACCGCGCCCGCUACAUCGACAGGGAGCUCGAGAUUAGGCUUCGAUGGCGUACUUUCACUAUGGACUUCAACAGAAACUUGCCGAGGUACAGGAAGCAGCUCAAUGAUUUUCUGGAUACUCCACUAGGACGAAGUUUUGCAACUAUUUUCUUCCUCUGGUUUGCAUUAUCGGGAUGGCUUUUUCGGUUCUUGAUAUUUACAACAUGCAUACUGCCAUUUGCCGGUCCUCUUCUCAUUGGGACUAUUGCCAAUAACCUCGUUAUAAAGGGUGCUUGUCCAGCAUGUAAGAGGCAAUUUGCUGGUUACAAGAACCAAAUGAUUCGUUGUACAAGCUGUGGAAACGUCGUAUGGCAGCCGAAAGGGGACGACUUGUUUUCAAGAGAUGGGAGAGGCACCACUACUUCAAAGUCUGACCCUGAGAUUAUAGACGUGGAGUUUGAGGAGAAAUGACUGGGAUACACAAAUGGUGCCAUGGCCACUCCAACGUGGACUUUGUAUACAAAGAGAUCAACGAGAAUGCGCGUCUUAUUUACUGCCCUUUAUUUUAUUUUAUUUUUUGAUAGGUACAAGAAAGAAUGUCACAACCCGACCAUGUAACAAACCGCAACCACCUAAACGUAAGAAAAUAAUGAAGAAGGGGUCGGAAUUGGGUUCGAUAUACGCUGUGUUGAUGUGUUGUUCUGGGAAGAUAAUCAAAGAUAUUACUGCUCAUUUGAUC